AUGAUGAAGAGUGAUCAAAUGAGUUCUAAAAAUGUAAAAACAAAUUUUAACUGUGCAAUUUGUGGUAUUACGGCUAUUAGUAAAUGUGCAGCAUGUUCAUUGGUUGCUUAUUGUUCUAAGGAACAUCAAAAAAUUCACUGGAUAAAACAUAAAAAUAAAUGUGUAUCUUAUGAGGUAAUUUAAAACAAUUAAUAUUUUUUAUUAACUAUUGUUUAUUGUUUAUUUAUGGUAUUUAUUGUUUUCACUUUUUUAGGUUCAAACCAAUUCUAAUUUAGGUCGUCAUCUAAUUGCUAAGCGUGCCAUUAAUCCAUUUGAUGUUAUAAUCAAGGAAGAACCAUUAGUUCUGGGUUCUAAGUUUCCAACUACAGAACCUGUGUGCAUAAAAUGUUUACGCCAUUUGAAAAGGUCACAUUCCACUAUUGAAUCUUUGUGUGAACAAUGUUUGUGGCCAGUUUGUGGUGCUGAAUGUAUAACAUCAAUUAAUGCUAAUAUUCAUGAUGAAGAAUGCAAAGUAUUGGUUUUAGGAGCAGAAAAGAUUGCAAAAACCAAUAAUUACAUGUAUAAUGUUUUAACUCCUUUAAAAUGUAUUUUAUUACAAUUUACGGAUAAAAUCAAAUGGAAUUGUCUUAUGGAAUUUCCUUCUCACAUGGAACAUAGAGGCUUAGGUUCUGAAGUAUAUGAGUAUGAUACUUAUAAAUUAAUUGUUUCAAUAUUUAAAUAUUGUAUUAAAAUAUAUUUCCAAUGUUUUAGGGAAAUUAAUUUAAUUUGUGAUUAUUUAAAUCAAAAUUUUUUGAAAAAAUUAGAUUUAAAAGUCUCGUCAGAUCUUAUACAUAAAGUAUGUGGUAUUUUAGACGUAAAUUCAUUAGAUAUUCAAGUACCUGAAAUGGAGUUAUCAGCCAUAUACUCUACUGUAAGCAUCCUAGAACACAAUUGUUUACCAAAUAUUAGCUUUUCAUAUGAUAAAUUUGGAUGUAUUAGUGUUUACGCUGCUCGAAAAAUUGCUAAGUAACAACAAUUGUAUUAAAAUAUAGUAAAAGCUAAAACAAAAAUACUUAUAAAUAUUACAUAAUAAUAGGAAUGAACAUCUAAGUAUCAUGUACACAAAUGCACUAUGGGGUACUCGGGAAAGACAAGUACAUCUUAUGUCAACAAAAUAUUUUAAAUGCAGUUGUAAAAGAUGUUCUGAUCCUACAGAACUUGGUACUAAUUUUAGUACAAUUAUAUGUAAUGUAAGUAUUAAUAUUGAAAUAUACCUUUUAUGAUUAAAUAGCAAUACAUAUUUUAAAUUUAAACUAUAUAUUACAUAAAAUUAUAUCUUAAAAUAAGUCUAAAUACUUAACAGGUGAAAGAUUUUUGUAAAGGGAAUCUUACCUCUAAAAAUCCGUUAGAUAUUUCUAGUGAAUGGGAGUGCGAUAGAUGUCCAAAUACUGCUAUGCCAGACAAAAUUGAUACAAUUUUAACAAAUUUAAAUGGUGUUGUUGAAAAAGCACUACAAGUACAUAAUUUUAUAUUGAUAAAUGAUAAUUACUUACUAGCAUAAUAUAUUCUUAUUGAUCAUAGAAUCCAAGUAUAAAUUCACUAGAAAAAGCUCUUUCAAAAUUAACUAAUUAUCUUCAUCCAAAUCAUUACUUAAGCUUCAACAUAAAACAUACAUUAAUACAGCUGUAUGGUCAUGCAAUGGGAUACAAACAUUCAAUGCUUACUGACAGUUUAUUAAAAAGAAAAUUGGGUAUGAACUAAACUCAACAAAAUAUUAUUUUAAAAAAUAACAAACAUUAUUUUACUCCUGUAGAACUAUGCAGAGAAAUGUUUUUCAUCCUAAACAUCAUAGAUCCAUUAUACAUACGAUUGAACAUUUACUCUUCAGUGAUAUUAUAUGAACUUCAUUUGGCCUUAUUGGAAUCAGCUGCUAGAAUAUCAAAAAAUAAAGCUGAAAGUAAAGGAAUGCAUGAUGAAGCUAAAGAAGUAUUAUCUAAAGCAUUAGAUAUUCUUAAAAAUGAGUCUGAAGGAUCCUCAGGUUAUAAAUUACUACAAGCGUACAAAUCGAAUAACAAUAUUUUAUAACAGGAAACUCAAGUUGCAUUAGAGAACAUUUGUUUAAAUUUAAUUGAAUCUUGAUAUUGAGAGGUCCUGUGCAAAAACCAGAUAAGUCUACUUUUUCAGAAAAUUAGUAUUUGGUAAUUUUAAAUACAGUUUUUUUCUCUUUCAAUUGUGUGCAACAAAACAAGAACAAGAUAAGUCUGAAAUUUAUAUACAAUAUCUAUAAAAGUAACAUUUUAUGUAGAAACACCCGAUAAGUCUAAACUAAUUUUUCUUUCCAUGAACAAUUUUAAAAAGUGGACUUAUUUAAUUGUUGUACAUAGCUCUUCAAUUAUAGAUUAGCUUAAAUUGUAACUUAUAUGAUUAAUUUUAUAAAUUAAUUUUGAUUUGCAAGUUGUAGUGCAUUUAUCAAUGAUAAUAUAGGGCAUUAUUAGACUAGUAUAAAAUAUGAAAGCAAUAGAAAAUGAAUUUAUCUAGAUACUUAACAUAUAAUA